CUAGUUCUCGGUAGCUUUCAGCAUUUUCCGAAGCGCAUCCAAUCGAUCAUCAACGUUCAAACCACAAAUCUUAUAACAAACUAGAUUAUCAUAGUUUGGUUCAAGUCGUCUUUUUAAAAUUCCUCUUUUUCUGACUACGUGUUCGUUCGGUUUUAAAACUUGGAGGUAAUUGAAAUUAUCGUUUUACGGUAUAUUUUGCAGGGAGUUCAAUUAUUUUCAGGAAACACCUGGAUUGACUCAAUGUGGAUACAAAUAGGCUUACAAGAGAUUGCAAUCCGAAGGGCCGAGUCUGUAUGAUUUAAUCUAUAAAAAUGGGGGCACAACCCAGCAGAGUGAGAGAAGAAGACCACCAAGCUCCGUCUGCUAACGGGACGAGAGCUUUUAUGGAUAAGUUACCUUUUAAGAUCAGCUUGACUCCAAUCCGGAAGAGGAAUCGAAGGAGGUCUCUAGUACACCCUCCACCCUUGACUGAGGAACAGAAAGGAUUAAUUAUACACACUUGGACCAUUCUAAAGCAGGAUAUUGCCAAGGUUGGAGUAGCUAUGUUCAUUGGGCUAUUCGAAACGCAUCCAGAAGCGCAGGAUAUCUUCCUCAGUUUCAAAGGUAUUCCUCACAAGGAGUUACGAGACAACCCUCAGCUUCGUUCCCAUAGCCUUCGGGUUUUAGGCACCGUGGACAAGGUGGUCUCGCGGAUCAACGAUGAAGAGAAAAUUGCAGCCGUCCUAUUGGAACUUGGAAAAAAACACAAGGCGUACAAUGCACACACAGACUUUUUGGAAGUAAGUAUGGGAAUAGAUUACAUGGGUGAAGCAUUCAUCUUUGCCUUGAAACCAGCGAUCGCGGAUGUCUGGACCACGGACGUUGAAAAAGCGUGGAGAGAUGCUUUCCAGCUGAUAAUCUAUUACAUGAAAAAAGGCUUGCUGUCCGCUACGUGA